UAUUCAUUUGAACAAAAUUAAUUAAACAAAUAAGAAUUGAUUUCAAUAAUCAGUUGUUCAAUUGAAUUUAAUAUUAUAUAAAUAUUAUUAUUUAUCAAAAAAAUCAAUAUUGUUGACUAUAUUCACUAUAGAAAUAAUCAUAUAGUGAUAUAUUAAAUUAAUCUUUAAAUUAUUUUUAUUUAAGAAACAAAAUAAAUAAUCUAAAUUUCGACUAUUUAUUUUCUAUCAACAUAAUUCAUAUCCUUGAUCAUUGACAAAAGAAAUAUUGUUCGAUUCAUAAGAUAAUAUAUAAUCUCGUCAAUAUCGCUAUUCAUAUGUUGAUGGUUUCAAUUACUCAAUUAGAUUCUUGAAUGAGAUACGUUUUUUGUUUUCAUCAUAUAUAUAGAGAUUUUAGAUCAAAUUUCUCCUGGAGAACAUAAGAUAUAGAUAUCAAUUAGAGCGAUUCAUAGAAACAUUCUCAAUAGAUUCCUCCUGUUGACAUAUCUACUCGAGUGCUACAUCAUUAAUCACAAGUUUUUCCUAUAAUAAACUGUUCAACAAUUCUUAAACUCACUCUCCAUUAUUCGUUUCAAUAUAUGAUUUGUAUUUGAGAAUGCUAUAAUCAAUAUAUAUAAAGUAUUGAUGUUUUCUUGCCAAUAUUUUUCUAGUUUUCGUCAAUAGUAAACAUUUUCGAAUGUGAUAGAAAUCAUAUCUCGACAAGCUCUAUUGAAAAACAUAAAGAAUAUUCCUAGAGAUCUGUGGGACAAACUUUCUCGUGUCCCGUUCCGAAAAAUUUUUGCCGUGAGACGGGAUUUUUCGGGAUUCGGGACUAUCCCGCAGUAUUCUAAAUAUUCCUGCUAUUCGACUAUGCUUUGGUAUGGUGUACCGUUUAUUGACAUAUUUAUUAGGCCGAAAAGUUUUUUUUUAGAACACUGACUAUCCGUAACUCUAUAGAGAAAUUCAUCGUGAUGUGAAGUUCUUUUGUUAAAAAUAGCUUGAUGUUUUCAUAGAUAGUAACUAUGUAGAUGACAAUAAAGUCAGAAUUUUAUUGUAGAGAUCAUCUGAUACAAACAAUCUUUAGUAAUUUCAUGUCUGACUACAUUAAAGAAGUUUAUCUCCGAUUUGAGUUCGUAAUUAACAUUUGAAAGUGCUUUUUUUUUUCUAUAGAUGUAAGUACUAUAAGAACAUUAGUGAUUAUCAUCAUUUGUUAAUAGAUUUAAUGAUCUAAUUUGUGUAUGUAUACAUAAAAGUUUGAUUUUUUUUGUUUGUUAUAUAUAGUUGUAGGAAAAUCUGAAAAUAUUCAUCAUUUAAGUGCAUCAAUAUUUGAUUCAUUAUAUUCUUCAAAUAUAUCUUUAAAUAUAAAUAUUGAUGAAGAUAAAACAAUAAAUCUUCAUGGUUUUGGUAUAAAAAGUAUUGAAUGGAAUACAUUUAUAAAUUAUAAUAAAUCAAUUCGAACAAUAAUACUUUCAUCAAAUUAUCUUUCUUAUAUUCCAAAUAAAAUUUUUUCAAAUUUUAAUAAAACAUUAAUUAAUCUUAAUUUACAAGAUAAUGAAUUAAAUUGUUUAAAUAAUAAUAAUUUUUUACGAUAUCUUAAAAAUUUACGUCUACUUGAUAUAAGUAAAAAUAAAAUAAAUAAAAUCAUAUCAGAAAAUUUUUAUGGUCUUAAACGUUUAGAUACAUUAAUAUUACGUGAAAAUAAAAUAAAUUCAUUAUCAAAUAAUUUAUUUAUUUAUUGUCAAAAAUUACGAACACUUGAUUUAUCUGAUAAUAAUAUAUCAUAUAUUGAUAUAAAUGCAUUUUAUUUAUUAAAUAAUUUAAAAAUUCUUUUAUUAAAUAAUAAUCCAUUAGGUGAAUAUAUAUUAACAAAUAAAUUAUUUAAAUCAUUAAAAAAUCUUGAAUAUAUUGAUCUUGAAAAUAGUCAAAUUAAAAAUCUUUUACCAUUUUUAUUUAUAUCAAAUAAUAAUUUAAAAUCAAUUAAAUUACGAAGAAAUUUUUUUACAAUAAAUCAAUAUAAUUUAUAUUUAAAUUCAAAUAUGAUUUUAAAACAAACAUUUUGUGGUACUAAAUCAUUAAUUGAAAUUGAUCUUGUUAAUACAAAUUUAAAAACACUUGAUAUAUGUACAUAUCAUCAAAUUCCAACAUUACGUCGUCUUUAUUUAAUGAAUAAUCCACUUGAUUGUACAUGUGAUUUAUUUUAUUUAAAAUAUGGAGAUAUUUAUCGUCUUUUAAUAAAUCAUCUUAAUAAUAGUGAUCAAAUAAAUCAAAAUAUGGAUAUUUAUCUUAAUCAUUGGAUAUCAAGACCUGAACUUCGACGACAUUUAGAAAAUGCAUUUAUACGUGGAGAUAUUCAACGUUUACCUAUUGAAUUAUCUUUAUUUGCUCGUUGUCAAACACCAAAACAAUAUAAUGGAUAUGAAAUUGAUAAUAUAACAGGAAUUUAUAAUCAAUGUAUAUAUCGAUGGAUAGAUAUUGAACAACAAUGUAAAAAUUAUUGUUUAUUUAAUCAUCAUAUUGAAAAUUAUUUUAUAACUAAUAAUUCAAUAUUAUUACAAUAUAAACUUUUUAUUAUUCUAUUAAAUAAUUUUUAUUUAUUUCUAAUUAGAUUUCUUUUUUUUUUGUAA